AUGUUAAUGUUUCUAAUAAUAGGAACAUUACUAUAUCUGGCACCUUGCAUAAGGUGUGAAGAUAUAACUUGCGAUAGUGGGAUCUGUCCCGAUUGCCCUUUCACAAUAAUUUGCUCUCAGGAUUCAUCUGCAACACCAAGCUGUGAUUGUUCAAGCUGUGGAUGCCUACAAGGUCAGCCUAAUCUUUGCAAUACUCAAUUUAUUAUCAGGGCUGAAACCAUCUCCAUUACAUACACUUCAGAUGAUAUAACAAACACAAUCGUUGGAAAUGACGCAGAUAAGGCAACAAAAUUAACAACAACUCUUUUCAAUCCAACUGGGAUCAGGAAAGCUGAAGUGCAAAUCAUCAAUAAUCAUCUUACAACUAUCAAUGAAGACAUUAAUUUUUUCCAAUCCGUGUUAGAUGUACUUGAACAAUCUGUGGCUGAUGAGGAUUUGGCGCUAAAAACAAAAAUACAAGGCUCUAUCCAGUUCUAUGAAGAUUUAAAACAGUAUCUAACAUAUAAAUUAACAGUAUUACCUAUUGGUUACGAAUGUUUUGAUGACAGUAACUGUCCGAACGUUUGUGUUGAUUGUGUAUGCCAUAGGUGCAGGGAUAACGCCGACUGUGCAAAUGAGCCUGGCAAACCAAACUGCAGACCAAACCAAUCAGGCGUGACGAUAUGUGGAGAUCCUCAUAUAAGCCAAUCUAUAACAGGAUCAGACAAGAACUUUUGCUAUGACUUUAUUGGUGAACAAGGGAAAUCUUAUUUAUUUCUGGAUGAUUUUGGAAUUGAAAUUGUUGCUAGACUCAGUGAAGGGGAUGGCAAUUCCAGUAAUGCAGAGUUGGUUGAAUAUGUAAAUGACCUCACGAUCACAGUGGGUGGCGUUGUCAUACAACUAACACCACAAAACAUCAAAAUUAAGGAAUCUGGGACACCUACCAGGAUUAUCCGAUGGGCCAUACAAGAGAUUUCAAAUGAUGUUGGGUGGAUAUCUGUAUCAAGAAAGCAAGCGAAAGUUUAUUUGAGGGAAGGCGACACUACAGUAAAUGUCAUUCGUAAAGGCCUGUUGCGUCAUACAAGUUUCCUCAAUUUUGGUAUCAGUGAAGUCAACGGAUUGUCAAAGAAAGCAGGUGGGAUUGUGGGCUCCAUUGCUAAUGAGGCAGUGUUUAUCCAAGGAUCAAACACAACUACAGGGAGUGGGGACUUUAUAUCCUGGUCAGGAAUAAUGGUCCCUGUUAACAUAGAUUCCAAACUAUGCCUUAAAGUGGAUCCAAUGUAUGAGUACAAAUUGAACAAACAGUUUGAGAAGUUUCAAACCAAAAAGCUGGACUUUCUUGAAAAAUAA